UUCAUGUGCUCUGUCCUUCUUCUGAUCUGUACUUUUCUUCAAACUUUGCACAAUUUGGAAGGAUCUUGCACACCUGUUGUCAAGAUGAAGUUUGAGAAUGUCCUGGCAGAUGUUGAUGGUUUUGGAAGAUUCCAAAUCAGAAUGAUUGUCCUGAUGGUGAUUCCUCGAUUCGCUUUGCCUUUUCACUUUCUGCUGAACAAUUUCAUUGCUGACAUUCCAUCUCACCACUGUGACAUUAGUGGAGUGGAUCACAGAGGUGUUUUUAGGAAUCUAUCUCUUGCUCAAAGACUUGCUGUCAGCAUUCCCAUCCAGGAGGAUGGAACACCGAGGACCUGCGAGAUGUUUGCAGAACCUCAGUAUCACCUGCUCCUCAACUCCUCCAACAUGACGGACGUACUCAUAGUGCCGUGCCAGAAUGGAUGGGUGUAUGACAACUCCACUUUUGCAUCCACUCUGGCCACACAAUGGGAUCUAGUUUGUGACAAGAAAAGAAUGAACAAAGCUACAGCAACUAUCUUCUUCACUGGGGUGAUGAUUGGAGCUGCAGUGUUCGGAUAUCUGAGUGACAGGUUUGGCAGGAAAACAACACUUCAGAUUGCCUACAUGACAACAGUCACCUUUGGAUUUGCAAGUGCUUUUGCGCAUAAUUUACUAAUGUUUACUAUCAUGCGGUUCUUUACUGGACUUGGAACCUCUGGAAUCAGCAUCAUCACCUUUGCCCUUUGUGUUGAAUGGGUAGAUAUUCAGCACCGAACCAUUGUGGGUGUUUUAUUGAGCCUGGACUGGAGCGUUGGCACCAUUCUGCUUAGUCUUGCCGCAUACUUGGUAAAUGACUGGAGAUACCUCACUGCCGUAGCAACCACCCCUGUGGUUCUGGCAAUGCUCACUUGGUGGUGGCUCCCUGAGUCUGCCAGAUGGCUAAUAAGUCAAGCAAAGGUCCAUCGCGCUCAUUUCUACUUGAGCAUUUGUGCAAAAAUCAACCACAGAGAGCAGGUCAUGGCCGAUCGAAAACCUGAGACUCUGUCCAAGGUUAUAGUUGUUGAAAACGAAAGCAAAAAAUAUUCUUAUUUGGACCUCGUGAAGACUCCGAGAAUGAGGAGACUGACUCUGCUCACUGGUAUUUUGUGGUUUACAGUGGCUUGUCCUUACUAUGGAAUCAGCUUGAAUAUCAGUGGAUUUGGAGUGAACAUUUAUCUCACACAGUUCCUCCAUGGGACAUUCGACAUUCCAGCAAAAAUCCUUGUCCUUGUCGCCUUGAAUAAAUUAGGUCGAAGGCCAAGUCAAGCUGGAACACUUGUUCUGACUGGAUUGUGCAUAUUUUGCAACAUAUUUAUUCCUCAAGAAAUGCAGGUCUUUCGGAUAACUGUGGCAGUUUUGGGGAAGAUGUUCACAGAGGGGGCAUUUACAGCUGUUUUUCUGUAUACUGCGGAGCUUUAUCCCACUGUACUAAGGCAAAAUGGAAUGGGGUACUGUUCCUUUCUGGCACGUGCAGGUGUGUCUGUAGCUCCCUUGAUCAUGCUUCUUGAAGAUGUUUGGGUCUACCUGCCCAGUUCCCUUUUCACCCUGGUGGCUUUGAGUGGUGGGUUAGCGACUUCUUUCCUCCCCGAGACUUGUAACGUCCGCAUACCAGAAAUGAUCGAGGAUGUGGAACAGACAAGGAGAAGAUCAGUCUCCAUGUGUUAUGAGAAGUCGAGUUCUUAACUGUUUCUGUUCAUCUUUUUCAAGAUUUUUGUCUCGUCAUCAGUUUAUCAAAACAAAAUUGAACUCAGUCACUUGGAUUAUUAGGCACAGGAACUG